AUGGGCGGACCAGACAACAAAAAGAGGAAGAAGAAGAAUAACAAGAAGAAGGUUCGUUAUUUUGUUUCUUUCGAAUAUUUGAUGUUGUUCUAUGGAAACACAAUAAGGCUCGAAUGAAAAAAUUUCUGGCUGAGAAAAAACGUUUAGUGUGGACUGUCAAAAAACAAAUACUGAAAAAAAAAUUCUGAAGAUGACAGCUAUCAAAAUUGAGCAAACCGUACAGUUCUGAAUUGAUUGUGCACUUCUUCCCCUGUUCGACGGCUAUGUUCCCUUUCACACAAAUGCAAAGUCGGACUUCACUCAGAACCCAAAAAAUGACAAGCCCCUCUUUGCGCUCUCUGGGGACCUAUCGCGGACUCCAAGCCGCUCUGUCGCUAUUUAUUCAUUCUCAAUUCGCGCACUCUUUUCUUGCUCUCGAACCUGCACGAGAGAGCGUGCUUUUCGAAAACUUUUCCGUUUCACCUAAAGGAACGGCGCUAUUGUUGAAGAGAAGUCCACUAAUUACUGAGAAAAUGGAGGCACACUCCGCUUGUGAAGAACAGAGCAAAAUGAGUUUACACAAAAGCAGAUGAAAAUUUUUUAUCAUGCUCGGUAUUUUUCAAUCUUUUCACUGGAUCGCUCGCAUUUUCCAUGUGAGCUAUCAUGUGUUUCCUUUAUUAAUCAUUCUUAAUUUCAGCCCGCAGCAGCAAACGCACCUCAAUCACCUCAAGUGGGUGAAAAAAACACAAACUCGAAGAAUGGAGUUACGCCGCCAAUGAACGGAUCAAGCCACGUCGAAAGGUAUGUGUUUUAUUUUUGAAAAAAUUAUUGGUGUAACGGAGAGAGUACGUUUAACGUUAUCUUUCGUUAGUUAUGAAGGACAACAAGUCGGAUCGUGCACGAAAGUUUUUACCAAACAGUAUGUUCUAUUGUCGCGGUAACAUAAAUCUUUGAUUAUGGCAUCGCUGUCACCGACCGAAAUGAUUAUAAGUUUUGCCUGGUGUAAUCCUCCCUCCACUCGCAGCGACAACUGGUUGUUAGUCGGCCCCACCUUCGUCCAUCUGUCCCUUUCUUCUUCUCCUUCUUCUUCGUCUUCCUCUUCUUCUUCUCUCCUCGCGCCUUCACCUUGGGCACGUCACUGUCAGCUGUCCAUUCUUCGCGACCUGGCCGUCAAAGAGAAAGGAAGAGCAGAGACGCAGAUAUCUCUCGCUCAGAUGUCUCUAUCUCUCCGUCGCAAUCAGCACAUCCCUGCUAUCACUUGAACACUCACUCCUUUCGCACUGAUCGCGUUUUCGUCAAGACACUCUCGCGCCUCGUCGGCGGCCGCCAAUAUUCUCGAGACACUCACUUUUCGCGCCGCCGAUCCCACUCUUCGCCUCCUCCCACUCCCUUCCUGCGACUCGUUUCAACGCGUUGCGAUUCCGUCGCUCCUCGAAAACUCGCUUGAUUUCGAAGCCGGUUUUCUGUCAGGCUGGCCCGAGCUUAUCCGCUCCCGACCAUCGAUUACUCGGGUACAACAGGAGAUGCCGGAGCAGCAGGCGGCAUUCAUCAGCUAACUGACGUGUUCUCUACUGUUCUAUUCAUGUUCGUCGUGUUAUUCUGCCGUUGGUACAACGGCUUCCGGCCAUAUCGAGACCGGGUCGAACAGCUGAAUGAUGCUACUCUUCUAAGACGUCGUCGAUUCCGUGUUCAUUCGGAAGAGUCCGAAGAGUUGGAUGACCAUGAGGCCUACACUGAAACUGAUAUCUGCACGCAGCUGAUUGCCACUCCCGGCAACGUUGCGUGCAAUAUCAAUGUCGAUUUAGUCGACCAGAAUCGGUUUUAUUUCUUUGUCAAGCAAAGAAAGGAGUCAACCGGACCUACUGCCAAAGUUUCGCUUGACGAAACAAGUAGAAGCGAAGCGGAAGAGAAAACGGAAGUUAAUUUGGUGUUCGAAAGUGCGGUAGAUGAUGGUGGCGUGUCGUCGACUUUGAAAGCACCGGUCACUCCUACAAUUGUCGCUUCCGUCCUUCCCGAUGUCGAGAAAAAAGUGGAGUUGCCUUCUUCCCAUUCUGUGAAUUCUGCUGACAAAGAAAGUGACGACGAUCAGUCCAUGCGUUCGCAAGAUGGUUCACGUUGCUCUGACGAAGCCAUGAAUUCUUGCAUGUCUGCUUCAGACGAAGAAGAUGUCGAGUCGCAAGAUGAUUCCUUCCACGUGAACGACGCCACAGAAGAUUCAGUCGAUUCAGUUAGCUCUAUUGAAGAGCAUGAAGAAGUACCUAUCGAAGAAAUGGAAUCGUGUCAUUCGGAAGGCGACGUUCCAGUUGACGAGGAAACGUCUAAAUACGAUAACCUUCCGGCGGAAAUGCGGUCGGCAAAGGGAGAAGAAAGCGAAGGGACAAUCGAUUCGUCCGUCUCUUCGUCGACAUCGUCCACUUCUGCUGGCGACGACGACGGCGAUAGCACUACUUCUUACGACUCGGACGACAUUGAAAUCCAAAUGUUCGAGUAUGAUCUGGGAACUGCAUCAGCGUCUAUUUCUAUCCCCCGUCCUUCUAUUAUUCCGAAAAAUAAGAAAAAGUAAUUUUCGCGUAAAUUCAGUAACACACUAAAACAUGUGUAAUUCAGAAUAAUUGUCGGACGUUUCAGGAACGAAGUGAAUGCCAACGAUGAUCAUCUCGACGAUGUGAGCGUGAGUCCCGGACGGAGUGAUUCUGCCGGCGCAGGAGGUGGUGGUCAUUCGGAUUCAUUCCAGGAUCCUAUGGUUAGUUUUGAAAGAACAUGAUCAUAAUAUAAACUCUUGUUAUAGGAUCCAGGAGAGCAACUUGGAUCCGAUGAUGAAGAACAAGAGGAUCCACGUGAUUACAAAAGAGGUGGCUACCACCCAGUCAACAUUGGUGACGUUUUUAAUGGGAGGUUCGUUUCAUUUCAAAGUUAUCAUAUUUGGAAAAGCUGCUUUCAGAUAUCACGUAAUUCGCAAACUUGGAUGGGGUCAUUUCUCGACGGUUUGGUUGGCCUGGGACACCCAGGAGAAGCGGUUCGUGGCCAUGAAAAUAGUCAAAUCUGCGGAACAUUAUACGGAGGCAGCUCUGGACGAAAUCAAGGUUAGUCGGCUGUCGAAUGUCUCAUGACAAGUCUAUGUCAGUGAGUCAUGAUGGUUCGUUUUUUGAAAAGUAAAGGGAGGCAGCGGACAAGUGUUUUGUGUAACAUUGUUGUUGGCAGUAGUCAACACAGCCAGCUUAUAAUAUCGAUUUAGGAUUUAUAAACUGUCCAUGCAGUCAUUAAUAGACAAGAUUUAUUAUUUUUAGUUGUUGCUGUCAGUCCGAAGUGCUGAUCCGAAUGACACGGGAUGCAACAAAGUGGUGCAGCUUCUGGAUGAGUUCACGGUGUCCGGCAUAAAUGGACAGCAUGUCGCUAUGGUGUUCGAGGUACUCGGAUGCAAUCUGCUCAAAUUGAUUAUACGGUCAAACUACCGAGGACUUCAUCUGGAACAAGUUAGGAAAAUAUGCAAGCAGCUCUUAGAGGCAUUGAGAUACAUGCACGAAAAGUGCGGUAUCAUUCACACUGAUAUAAAACCAGAAAAUGUGUUAAUCACUAUGAGCCGCGAGGAGAUCAAGGUACCAAUGUCACGAGUUUUAUGCAAACCAUGCGUAUUUUUUCAGAUUAUGGCGCAACACGCGGUCGUUGCCCGGAAGAUGAACAUGAAAAUGAGCGGGUCGGCUGUUAGCACUGCACCGGAUCAUAUGGUAAAGUUGGCGCAAGAGAACAUGACGAAGAACAAGAAAAAGAAACUGAAGAAGAAGGCUAAGAAGCAACGAGAAAAGUUGGAGGCUGAAUUAGCCGGCCUUGAGGGAUUGAAGAUGGAUGCGAACGGACUGCAAGAAGCGUAUAACAAUGCACCGGUAAGUUAGAUUCAAAGAAAAGGGAAGGGGAAUAGAAUACGGGGAAUAUUACGCUAAAAACUAUGACAAUAUAGCAAAAUGGGGUUCGAAUGCGUCCACCGUCGCUGCUUUUCAACGGACCGAUUCCUCAACUGCUGCAAGGCAGCUCUUGCGUGAACACACCGGCGUCUCCGAGAAUGGCUCCGCCGCCGCCGGCUCUCUAUCAGCAGGUGGGAGGCGUCUGCAACCAGACGUAUCAUCUGACACAGGUGAUCGAGAAUGCAAAUAGUUUUGUGAGUGUUUGGUUGUGUUGACAUGGCUCCUCGAUUCACACGUACUCUCUUCCUCCUUCUCUGCAACCAAAAGAAGCUUGCACUCUCCUCGUUUCUCCUUCGUUUUUCAUUUGACUCACUUAUCCUGAGAGUUUCUUACUGUCGAUCAGAGCGGAUUCAGUUUGUUGCUGCUUUCCAUCGUUGUUGUAAUGCGCAUUCCGUCGUCGUGGGCUUUCAAGAGAUUCGUUCAUCAUCGUGUUUAAUUUUCAUCAAUUAAGCUGAUGAUGUUGUGACAUUAGUUAAUUCACGAAUGCACGAGAUAUCGGUAUGAUUUGACAAGGUUUUGCAGGAAUUGGACACCAGUUUCAACAACACACAAGUCGAGGAUGUCAACAUGGAAGACACUGUCAACGGAAACGGCAACAAGGUGAGAAACAACUUCUUGGCGAUUGAAUUCCAGUUAUCCUAUUUCAGGUCGAAAUUAAGAGUCCCGACCGUUUCGAUCGUACGACCCUGACGCCAUUCAGCGACCCGGAAACUAAAUUCGGAGAGAUUUCGUCGCCGUCGGCAGAAUAUCUCGGAUCUCCCAUGAGCCUUCUCCCACCUGGCGGCGUUCUUCCUGCUCCUCCUGUCGGUCCCAACCUUGGUGAUCCUUAUUGUGAUAUCGACGUCAAAAUUGCGGAUCUUGGAAAUGCGUGCUGGGUGAAUCACCACUACACAGACGACAUCCAAACCCGUCAGUACCGUGCCCUUGAAGUGUUGAUCGGAUCAGGAUACGGACCACCAGCGGAUAUCUGGAGUACGGCGUGCAUGGCCUUUGAGUUGGCCACCGGAGACUACCUGUUCGAACCGCACCAGGGAGACAACUACUCUCGCGACGAAGAUCAUCUUGCUCACAUCUCUGAACUGCUCGGCCAGAUCUCGCCGUCGAUUUACAAGAAAGGAAAGCACUGGAAAGAGUUCUUCCACAAAAACGGAUUCCUUCUUCACAUCACUCAACUGAAGCCGUGGUCAUUGUACGAAGUUCUGCGGCAGAAGUACGAGUGGUCGCACGAGGAUGCGCAGCAGUUCGAAAGUUUCCUCCGUCCAAUGCUUGAUUUCGACCAAGACAAGAGAGCGACUGCCGCCGACGCGCUUAAACACCCAUUCUUGCUUCCGUUCGGAGGAGGUGCUCCGAAGUCAGAUUGUCCUCCGGAGGUUUGCUCGGAUCCUCAGUUCUAAUCAUUUUUGAUUCGUUUCUAGGUUCUGAGCAAACUGUACCCAGAUGGAUGCAUUCCUGAACCGGUGAUAGAUGACAAUCAAGUGGUAUAUCGUGACCGUGAGGAUAGUAGGUCGCCGAGGUUCGUAAGCACGGACCGACGAGGGCAAAAACGCAAAUUGCAGCGAGAGGAGCGCUAUUAGCAGGUCAGCAGAGAGCGACGAAGAAGAAGAGGAAUUCCACAUGGAUCGGCCGGGCCCAUCUGGGGUGACGAACAACGAGACGGUCGAUGUUUCUGAUAUAGAGCGCUUUCAGCUUAACUUGCAAUAG